GAAGCAAAGCAGGAAGCGAACGGAGGGUCCGGGCUCUCCCUGCCCUGUCACCAGUGCAGUCUGUCGGCUGCUUUGCAAGAAAGAGGUUCUGCCUCCCCCCCCCCUCGUCGGCGCCCCCCCCCCCGGCUUUUGGCGCUGCUAUCUGACAGAGUCAAUCACCCAAGCUGCCAGGCAGCAGCAGGGGAGGAGAAGCGGGGGGGGGGGGGCGGAGAGGGAGGGGAGGUGGCUCCGGUUCCUGGUGACUCUCCCGCUUACUCAUUGCUGGGCGGUGGGGGAGGGCGCACCUCGUGGUGGAGGAGGCAGCCGCGCGCUCUCCUCACUUCGCCCGGCGCUAGUUAAACAAAGAGAGAAGCGGCGGAGUGAGCGCCCCGCUCAAGUUACUUGCAUCUUUCAGCGAGAAAACUGUCAGCUCCGCACACACUGGACGCCCUUUAAGAACCACUGCUGGGAAGGGGUUUUUCCCCCCCUUUCUCUCUGGCUUUCCUUUCCCAAGUGUCCUCCUUCCUUUCUGAAAAACGAGGAAUCCUCGACUAUUGGCAGAAGGAAUUUCCAGGGGACGAGAUGAAAACUAAAAAAGGUGCUCUUGUUGCAGUCUCAGGUAGUGAGACUGAUGAUGACGACAGCAUGGAUAUCCCCCUGGAUCUUUCUUCUUCUGCCAGCUCCAUCAAGAGGAAGAGACGGGGUAACUUGCCCAAGGAAUCAGUUCAGAUUCUUCGGGACUGGCUAUAUGAUCACCGCUAUAACGCCUAUCCUUCAGAACAAGAAAAAGCACUACUGUCCCGACAGACACACCUUUCCACACUACAGGUCUGCAACUGGUUUAUCAAUGCACGGCGUAGACUUUUACCUGACAUGCUGAGGAAAGAUGGGAAGGACCCAAAUCAAUUCACAAUCUCAAGAAGAGGGACCAAGAUGGCUGAUGGCAGCCCGGUGGAAUUCUCCGUUGGCACAAAAAACUGCAUUCCACUGAUUGAGGGCUCCUAUCUCUCUGGCAGCCCAGGACUAAACAAGAUUUGUAAACCUUCUUCCCCGGCAUCAGUUUUGGCUCGACCAUCAGUAAUAUGCCACACCACAGUAACUGCACUGAAAGAUGCUCCUUUCCAUUUUGGUCAACCAGCUGGUACAGGUCAGACCCCAGAAGACCUGCAGCAGGCCUUUCCUGCCAACUUCACAGACAACUGUCUUAUAUACCGUGAGGAUGCGUCUAAACUGGAAUCGAGUACAAAUGCACAGAAUGGGCUUUUCAACACCCCUCCUCCUACACCUCCAGAUCUCAAUCAGGACUUUAGUGGAUUUCAGCUCCUGGUGGAUGUAGCUCUGAAACAGGCAGCAGAGAUGGAACUGCAGGCAAAACUCAUGGCAUAAAUCCCUCCCUACUUUAUUUUUCUUCUCCCCUGGCAGGGAUGUAAUAGAAAUAUGUGGCAAUUGUCCAUGUCAGUAUCAAAAACUGACUGCAUUUUUUAAAAGUAAUCUUAUUUGCACAAGGGAUUGUUGAGAUGAAGCUUCCUGAAAUGGUCUUCAGUGGAAUAUGGUCAUUCCUAGAAUUAUAAAUGUAAAGCUACUGUAGAAACAAAACGUUUUUCUUUUUUUUAUAAUAAAUGUUUCUUAGUAGGUUUUUCAUAAUGUGAGAUGGUUCCCAAGGUCAUGUGAUUUUUUUGUUAUUGUUUUCAUUGUUUCUUUCAGACUGUGCAAUAUUUAGUGACAAGAUUAGUCUUCAUAUCAUUCCCGUGUGGAACAAAAUAUACCAACAGGCUGUCUUAAAACAAAUUUCAGAUUAAAAAAUGAGUUUGAAUUUUGAUUAUUAUUAUACUUUUUCAUGAUGUAAUAAAGUAUUUUCUUUAA